AUGCAUAAGUCUAUAGUUACUUCGUGUACUUCCCCGGGAUUCCCCCGUCCCACAACGCCAUCAAGUGGAGAGACUCCAGGAAUGAGGGGUUCGGACACAUUCCGCCAGUAUAUCCCUAUAUCAUACAUUCAUAUCAAUACAAUCACUCCCAUCCACGCAUUCCAUCCCCAACUCAAUAUGCCACGCAGCAUCAUCAUUACAGGCGGCGCAUCGGGCAUCGGCCUCGGCAUCGUCCGCCACUUCGCCCCCCGACCGGACACCCACAUCACCAUCCUCGACAUCAACGCCGCCACCGGCGCGCAGGUCCUCUCCGACCUGCAGCGCGAGUUCCCCUCGGCCAGCCUCAGCUUCGAAGCCUGCGACACGUCCUCGUGGGAAGCGCAAGCCGCCGCCUUCGCGGCCGUCUACGCCCAGCGCGGCCGCAUCGACCUCGUCUUCGCCAACGCCGGCAUCACCGAAAAGGGCAGUGUGCUGGAUGGCAUGCACGCUGCGGCGCCUGUCAAGCCCACUGUCGUGACGCUGGAUGUGAACCUAUUGGGAGUUAUAUACAGUGUCAACCUGGCCGCGCACUAUAUCGCAAAGAACGCACCGGUCGCAGGCUCCAGGGGAAACAUCAUCUGCACGGCGUCCAAUGCCGGCAUCUACCCGUUCCCCAUGGCGCCGCUGUAUGCGGCCACCAAGCACGGGGUUAUCGGGUUGGUGCGCUCGCUGGCUCGGCCAUUGCUGAAGGAACAGAUUCAGAUUAAUGCGCUGGCGCCGGCGGUUAUCCAAACGAAUAUCGCCCCCGACAGCGCGCUGUUCCAGUCCAUGGUCCUCACGCCCAUGUCCACGGCCACAAGGGCCGUCGCGCAGCUGGUCGAGGAUCCCUCGUUGACGGGGAAAAUAGCCGAGCUGCAUGGCGAGCAUGUCACCUUUGCAGAGCCGCCGCCGUAUGUCGAUGAGGAUACGGGGAAGAAUAUCGAGACGUUCUGGCGGCUGGGGUACGCGUAG